GCAAGAUUUCCAUGUUUUUAAGGUAUGAUCACCAAAGAAGUGGCAGCGAAAUUGGUUUCAAGCAAACUCAUCAUGGAAUCGGAUGUACUAUACACUUGAUCAGCAAAUCGAAACACUUCCCCUGCAUAUUCACAUAUCAAUGUAUUAUUAACAAUUGGUUGAACUGCCUUCACAUAAAACCCCUAAUCCAUAUUGUAUUCCACUAUCACAGGAGCAUAAUAGCCGUGUUUGGUCACUUAUUUAUACUUUUUGAAGGCCUCGAGAUCCUUUCCUGUUAAUGGUGCCAAUUUUUCAAGAGACACAUUAUUAUCUUGUUUCUAAACUGAUUCAUACACUAGAUCAUCAUUGAAGCCAAUAUUUUGACAAUAGAGUGCAUA